AUGAUAACUCUUCAUUGGAUCGCUAAUUCUCCAUCGAAGUACCAGACCUUCGUAGCCAAUCGAAUCGCAGAAGUACAAAGGUUAACGGAAGGAAGCGAAUGGAAGCAUGUGGCUGGUAGUGAGAACCCCGCUGACCUAAUCUCUCGCGGUGCAACUCCCAGUGAACUAGCUAAUUCUGCAUUGUGGUGGAAAGGUCCGCCUUGGUUGUCGUACGAUUCAUCACUUUGGAAUAAUAACUCCACCCAGUUUGAUCCAACACAUGUAGCCUCCGAAGUCCUCGAAGAAAAAUCAAUUAUGAAGCUUGCGGCGGUUGCGCGUCAAUAUGAUACCCCAGAUGAACCUUCUUUCAUCGAACGCUUCUCGUCAUUUUCGAAACUUCUCCGAAUUGCCGCUUAUUGUCGACGUUUUAUACAGAGAUGCCGAUUGAAAAGACGUGGAAUUCCAGUCGAUAGUCCUUCAUACCUAACUGCCGAAGAACUUCGUAAUGCGUUACUCGGCUUGAUUACAGUAGUACAAAGUGAAACCUUCAAGCACGAGAUUACACUCGUCCGUAAAAACCAACUAAUGAAUUUAAAUAAAUCUCCAAUACGAUCGUUAAAUCCCUUCAUCCAAGAUGGAAUACUUCGGGUUGGUGGCCGGCUGAGCCACUCUACGUAUUGCUUUGAACGAAAACAUCCUGUAAUACUACCAGCAUCUCAUCAUUUCACUACACUUCUCAUCGAAUCAGUUCAUAGGAAACUCCUCCAUGCUGGACCUAGACUUAUGAUCGCUCACAUCCGUGAACGCUUCUGGCCACUCAACCUCCGUAACAUGGUACGGAAACACGUCCGCAACUGCAUCCGAUGCUUCAAGGUCCAUCCUCGCUCCGAAAGUCAGUUGAUGGGUCAAUUGACUGCCGUCCGCAUUACUCCGGCCAGAGCAUUUUUAAACACCGGAGUGGACUUCUGCGGUCCUCUGCAACUGAAGGUCUCCGUGAGAAGCAAAUCAGCGUCGCCAAUCAAAGGCUAUGUAGCCGUUUUCGUGUGCAUGGCAACAAAGGCGGUUCAUUUGGAAUUAGCAAGUGAUCUCACAUCAGAAAGCUUCAUCGCUGCCUUGAAGCGUUUCGUCGCACGACGUGGGUUGCCUGUAAAUAUUUAUUGCGAUAAUGGUACCAAUUUUACAGGAGCCGAAAGGGAACUGCGAACGCUAUUGAAGCAAUUCAAACAUCAACAACAGUUAACAGCAUUCUGCGCAGAAACAACCAUUGACUUCCACUUCAUACCAGCACGAUCUCCAACAUUCGGCGGCUUAUGGGAAGCGGCAGUGAGGUCGCUGAAACAUCACCUGCGUAGAGUCGUCGCCCUCGAGAUCAUCACAGCUGAAGCCAUGCAGACAGUGCUCUGUCAGAUCGAAAGUUGCCUGAAUUCUCGUCCGUUGACAGCACUCUCCGAAGACCCUAAUGAUCUAGAAGCACUCACCCCGGGACAUUUUUUGGUUGGAUCGACGCUUCAAUCAAUCCCGGAACCCGACCUUGCCGAAAUUCCCGCCAAUCGACUGUCGAUGUGGCAAGCCAUGCAGCGCAAGACUCAAGACUUUUGGAAGUUGUGGUCCAAGGAUUAUCUGCACCAGCUUCAACAACGCACAAAACAUUUCUUCAAGCGUCCCAACAUCCUGGUUGGAAUGCUGGUGCUGAUCAAGGACGACAACCUGCCGCCGCUGAAGUGGAGUGUAGCUCGCAUCACCGCCGUACAUCCUGGUACCGACGGCCUGGUACGUGUUGUAACUGUCCGAGUGCCAUCCGGCGCAAUCUACGAUCGCCCUGUGGUUAAGGUCUGCAUCCUCCCGAUCGACGUGUCAUCCACGGGACCAUCCGGAAUAGAACCGAGAUCACCAGCAACAGCCGAGCAUCCUGAGACUCCUUGA